AUGCUUCUGCAGAAUCAGCCGCACUUUUACCUCAUCUCCCGCCUGGAUCAGGUGACAAAACAAAGUCAUGAAGACCGAAGGCUGAAGAGGACGCAGGCGUAUGGCAGGGCGAAAAUCCGCACUCGGAAGUACCACCGCACCCAACCUCUGCGGUUCACAAUGGACAUCGGCCAGGGCUACAUAGGCCCCAGUCGACGCAGCGUAAGUCCGCAAGUGGGUAUGAGUUUGCACCGCAAUGUUGACAUUUUUAUGGGUUCGCAUUCCCACUAACGCCUGCCGCGUCCCGAUGAAGACCCUACAUUGGUCCAGAACAUAUAUUCUGUGGCCCUUUUUAGGGGCAAGAUCAGUUAUGGGAGCAAGAUGCCGAAUGACAAAAACCGCGUUGUCUGCAAAUUUGACAAAAAGCAGUGACAGGUGAGACCUUCAAUACAGAUCCCUAGGGUGACCCAUAUGCCAAAGAUGACAGAUUUACAUAGAAGUAGGUGUAAUAACAGCAGUUACCAGAGCGCCUUCCUCAAAAGCGCGACUGUUUGUAAACGCGGUGCCGAUGAGGCUCAACCAUCUCUAUCUUUUUUGCUAAGUACAAGGUCACGAAAAUAAUCGGAGGAUUGUUUCGUACUAAGGUGUUAUUCUAGGAGACCUAUCAGAGAGAAGCAAAGGCUGGAACGCAAGAAAAUGUUUUGGUCAACUUUUCUAACUGGAGGAAAAGUAGCAAAAGUGGAAUAUUCCUGACUGUUUAAACAGCAAGUUCUGACAUAUCCUCUUAUACUCAGUGGAGCACAUUACAGAGACCAGAUCAGCCAAGCAAUGCCAGACAGCCAAGUAGGCAUAAGACAAAUUAAGGCAAACCUUAGCUGACCGAGGCUUGUAGCUCACCAGAGCUUUGCGUAUUAAGGUUCGUUGCGAUAUUGCAAAAGUUUAUUAUUACCGUACGCUAACGGCUUUCUAAACGAGUUACACAGGGAGAUAGGCCAUUAGCUUGCUGAGCUACUAGUAAUGCCUUUUGAGACACAGUCCCUUUUAUAGAUUUCACAUCUUGUUGUAUGCAUGACAAUAGAAAACGUAUAGUGAUUAGGUGAAUAGUGAAAUCAGUAUUAAGGUGACUUAUAUUAUUACAAUGCAGAUUAUCAACGAAGACUUUUUUCUAACCUAGAGCCUAAGGUAGUUACAGAAGAUAGUCGUGAGCGUGCCCUUUUGAGCUAUAACCGACUUGUAUGGAUCGAAAAAUUAUCCUGACUAUAAGAUAAUUCAUAAAACUCAAAAACCGUUUCCAGGUCACACCUUAUGAAUCAACAUUCAUGCAGUGUCUGAGGAGUAUGAGAUUUGUUCAUAUGUACAAAAAUAUCUGGUAAUUUUAGUAGAAAAACGCAAAGUAUGCAGAUUUUUGAUGGGCUAGCGUAGUUAAAGCGAAGAUUUAACUUGCAGGUAUGACUAAAUCUGCUAAUUUUUGAAAAAACGACAAUACUAUCUCCCGCAGGAUUGGAUGUAAGGGUAACUGCCGAAUUUUCGCACAACCUUUGUAUGUAUGAGGACUAAAUUCUCACAAGCACAGCAAGACAGAAAAACAAAUGAACACUGCAUAAACAGUAAUUAUUCCGAAUGCAACCAGCAAAAGAUGUUGAAGUGAUUCUCUGAUAUUAUCCGGUAUUUUGUGGUGCAACUUUGGAUCUGGUCUAUUCCAAUAUGUGCUGAGAAGAUAAUAUAAUGAACUUUUGAAAAGUGCUUUUUUAAGAUGUCACAUUUUUUCGUCAGUUCUGGUGCUGAUUGUGUGUCUACAAGGAAUUUCCUGAUAAAAAUGUUUGCGAAACAACUCUUAGGGCUUAAAGCAGUAUUUAAAUUACGUAAUCACAUGCAAAUCACUAAUUUGAACAAGUUUUCAGUAACAGCCCAUUACCAGUGAAACGGAAUAGAACUCAAUUUUACAGAACGGAAGUAAUCCAAGCAUCGCCUGACCGCCAAAAAGCAGGAGACCACACUAAGUUUAGCGUUGUGGCGGCGGCGGCUUAUUUUUUCGAUGGCUUCCGUUAUACCGUUACAUAGGAGGUUAAACAAUCGGAUUAUUACCGGAGGUUAAUAUCUUUCCGAAAAUAUAACCUAGAAGCGCGGACCCUCCAAAUAUCACAAAAACACCAACGAAUUUUAAGAAAAUAUAAGAAAUCGUUAUGGUAGACGUGAAUGCCUGAAGAGUGUGUAGUUAAAGCAGAUUAAAUUAGAUGAAUUAUAUAGCUCGACAUGUACUGAGGAUAAUCCAACUUUGAUGAGUAAGCUAGCAGACGAGAAUACGGUUUUAAUUAAAACUGCGAUCAAUUUAAAAAUCUGUCGACUGAUGUAACUAAAAUCUCUACGCUUAACGUAUAAUCUCUAAGUUUAAUAUUUCCAUAUGCAUAACUAACGCUUUAAGUGCACACCACACGAUUAAAUUUUUGUAAAUUGGAUAAAUAUAAAUGACGGUUUCAGUAACAAACGAGCAUCCUGGAGCUGACGAAACAAACUAUUUAAUUGAAAGCAAGGAUCUGACUUAUAGACAUUUAUCAACAGGCAGAUUAUCAAAAAGCGACAACCCAUCUUUCGUAAAACUGAAAGUAACAACUACGACUGUUGAUGUACGAAUGUAAGAAACUGUAUUUUCCCAACCAGUUUUCUGGGUGAUAAGACUAAUUUGGAAAUCAUAUGCAAUCGAUAAUCUAGGCAAGCUAAACCAAGCUUAUUAUUUUAGGCUCGCGCAGAGGACGACAGUAACUAGUUCCGACAAUAUUGGAAAUACGAAAGACUAACUGUUGUGCUAUGUCGUCUAAACUUAAUAGACUUAUACAUAUUCACAGUAUACAGUUCGUUCAAUAUGUCCUUUUCCAACUUUUCAGAAAUGGUAAUUUGCUCCUAAGUUGUUAAAGUAAUCUUUUAAGUAGCUAACUCGAUACGUCCAACAAGUUUGUAAUUUUGAUGCUUAAUCCGAUAGAACUAAUUUUUUCACAUUUUUUGAAGAAAUACUACGCACCUGAAAUAACAGACAAGUGCCACGUAAAACUUUUCCCUCCUACAUUUAUUGAAAACUAAAAUUAUAGACCGCAGAACAUUUGCUGUUUCUGUUUUCAUGCUUGUUGCGUUAUGAGAGAAGGUCCAUCUGCAUUUUGAACUGAAACAUAAAAAGGUUAAAUUUGAUUAAAAUGAGCUCUACAACCACAAUUAGUAGAGAAAUUCAAUCACCAUAAACUGUCCUAUAAGACUUAUCGGAAUUAAGUUCGCCCUGCUUACGCAUAUCCGCUUGCCGCAAUUUAUGAAUGCUUUAACAAACGUGUUGAUGCAAGCUACAGUCUGUGGAAAAUGUAAUUUAAUGUUAUUUGCCUCAAUCAUGAAUCACAAACAAUUACUUUAAAAGCCCCGUUCACCAGGGCAGUCGACUGAAAAAUGAAAUAACAAGCAGUUUUUCAAGGCCAUCAGAUAUUUUAAUAAAGUAGACGACUGAUUUGGGAAUUGCUCAAUUAGAUGUGCCGAGAUCUAUGAUAUAUGACGCAGCUCCUGGGAUGCUUUGACUGAAAUCUGAGUAAUCAGUUAAAGGUGAACAAAGCGCUGUUAGUUUACUCUGCAAAAUAUGGCUAAGUUAUAAAAGGACCUGUUCUAAAGCCAACUUUAUUCCUGAGGCACCUUAUGAGAAAGAGCUUGCCAUUUUUACUCAACAAUAAAGUUUUUUAUAUUUGGGUAAGUUGCCAGGCUGCCCCUUCUGCAAACAUAAGCGGAUGCUUGUACGUUGUCCGCUCUAAAGCAAAGGAUGCCUUAAGAAAUUCCCCUCUAGAACUGGAAUAACUCUUUAGGUCUAUUUACUGAGAUCACCUUUAAUGUCCCCCUGAGGGCCAUUAAGAAUGGCAUCAAGGAAUUAGACUUUCAUACGCAAAUGGUCAUACUUGAGCAAUUUGAAUUAGAAAAUUGACCAACGAGCGCAUUGAGUUCCCGAUACAUGUGUUGAUGACCAACCCACAUUCUGGGACAGCGUUUACCUACAUGCUGAGUUUUACAUUUAGACAAUCCUACGAAGGCAGUCUAACUGAUUGUUUGGAGGACGUUUUUACGACAAAAAACUGUGACACUUACAAAUUCCAUAAACCAUCGGGCUCUGAUUACACGAACAACCAACAAAUCUGAGCGGCAGCCAGUCUGACGGACAACGGACAAAACCAAUAGUAAAAUGUUUAAGAGCAUCAUGAAGUACUCUCUUGACUUGAAUGAAACCGAAGAAGCACUACGGCUUUGUCGAGUGAGCGCCUUGCUUGUGGCUUGGAAGAUGUAUGGGCAUAUUCAUGUUUUAGUAUAAUAAUCUAGCGAUUACAAAGACAGCCAUCCUUCCAAUCUGCGAUGGGAGAAUCAUGUUUACCCCUGAAGAAAGCUUGAUUUUAAUUCCAAUGCAAGUGUUUUAUAUUAAAGGGAACUCGGAUAAGCAGUGAAGAGCAAUUCAAUGCUAGGGAAAUUAAAUGUUGGUGUAUAUCAACCACACAGACCAGUCCCCUGUAGACAACUGGACCGUGUCUAUAUCUGAUAAACGUAUAAGUAAACAAUAUGCAAAUGAACUAUCUUCCAAUUACGGCCAUUUCGCAUUUGUCAUCUUCUUUUAUUUUUUUCUCCGAGGCGCCUUCUCUUGUUACGUGCCGCUAUCUUUGGCUUUAACUAACUCAACUAGUGGAUAAAAAUUACUUUCAAAUCCUCUUAUUCAACAAAACAGAAAACAACGACUUACAAACUAAUCUAUGCCAAUCUAUUUCGAACAUUGGUUUCUAUAUUUGCGUAAGUUUUUGGUACACGCUGGAUAGACACCUCUGUGGUACAUGGAUGUUCUUGCGAAUCACACAUAUUUUAAGUUUUCUCACCUGUUUUGGAUAUAAAAAGCGGACGAACUCCCCGACAAAACACAUAUCAGCGCUUUAGAUGGCAGCCAUUCCGCCGAAUUGUUUAGAACUCAACUCGCAUGUCCCUAUAAAGGUCUGAAUAUCGAAGAAGUCGAAGCUUAUGGACAGUACUCCCGAUUGAAAGUUUCGAGGAAAUUUUAUGCUGCAAAAGAAUGCGUGUUUUUAAGAAUUGUUAAGUUAAAACGUAAGAAAGAUGUCAAAAGCUGUCAGCCAUCAGCUCGCAGACCUAAUUGCUUGCUUUAUAAUCGAAAAGUGCUGCGGAAGAAUUAGGUGUACUUGGACAAGAUCUCUGAACUAACUAUAUUGUCUGAUGUAGCUAGUUGAGGCGAGCCCACAUGGUCUACACCUAAGCGAGCUAAAUGACCUCGAAAGUUUUGGUUACGGCUAAUAAUUUUUCAAAGAAACUAAUUCCGCCUAUGACCGUCUAACGUAACCCAGACUGCCAUGUCCGAGGGCAGAAAAGACAAAGAAACUCACCAGUUGAUCCGCGCCGGUCGUUUAACUCAAAACGUUUGUUCUUCUUCUACAACAAGUAAUGGACGCCGGAGUUCAAAAUGCUCGGCGGCAGUGUAACAGAAGCCUACCUGGGUUUAAAGAAUUAAGAGAAUACGGCUUCCAGUGUAGCGCGCAGGUCUGACGAGAGUGCAAUGCACCGAGUAGUGGUUAUUUGGUAUAUUCACUCAGUUUACCCAUAAAUACGCUUUUUCCGUGAGUGAUACUCGCCGGCUAUUUUCUCAAGCAAUUUUUGGCUAUUUCGAACGUGUAUCAUGCAGAAAUGAACAACAAGUUAGCUGUUAUGGAGGCCUGACCUUAAAAAUGUUGCCCGGUAAUCAAACUGUCAUGCAAGCCCUACUUUUGCAACUUUUAAAAACUGUGCCAGCUAUUGUUUUUCGAAGGUAUUUGGUUAUAUUGCCUGUCUACGUUUCGUUGAGUGUACCUUUUUCUUUGUUUCACCGAUGUGCACGACGCAAUCAAGGAUGAACGGGACGUUGAAACUGAUUGCUUUAUCUACUAACAGCUACAUUUCCGUGUUCGCAUAAAACAUUGACGUUUGGGAUGACCUUUAAUAUAUGGGCACCCGCAUAUAGAGCACGAUGGUGAUGGCUCAUCAUUAAACUUAGUCAUCCUCUCAUAAAUUCGCUGCGAGGAAAGAUUAGAAAAUUUUGCAUUGUUUGAUGAAUGUUGUUCUACUUUACCAGAGAAACCUAUGAUCUUUCGAGUAAUUUAUUUUUCAACAUCGACUUCUGUGCCCUCUUUCCUUUCACGUAAUGACGUUAAAACAUUAAAAAUAAAAAUAUAAGCUUUUCAAGGGCGUGUCAGUCCUAAUGUGGUUGUUUUUAUAUAAAAGCGCUUUUUCAAAACCAAAACAAUUUUCAAUUUUCCUUGUAAAUUCUCGCUAAUAAGGAUUGGCAUCUAGCUAAUUACCCCGAAUUAACAUAACAAAUUUUUAUAACAACCAUUUGAAAGCGUGAUAACCCGUGAAAUUAGGCAGAAGAGCAAGUAGGUAACCGAGUUAAUAUAGUCGUUUUGGGAAACAAAAUAGCGCAGUAGGUGUGUUCGCCCAUGAAAAGCUAAUCGAAAUCCUAAGAUGCGUUUAAGACUCGAUGAGAUUAUCUAAGGGGAUUGCAAUAGUAAUCCCCGUGCAACAUAAUCCCAUAAUAUCUCAGUUAUUUCAGAAUGCCGGUCUUUAAAUGAACUUCAUUUCGGCCGCUUGUAAAAGUUGUACUCUGCAAAAAAGGAUUACAUAUGUAGCACGAACUUUUUUCAAUGGUUUUUGAUGCUUUUAUAAAGCCAAAAAAAUUUAUUAUAGGGAACAUGCAUAAAAAUAUUCAUCAUCUUACUUAUUUUAUAGAAACUUACGUUUUCUUCAAACUUUAUACUUUAAGGAAGGACAUAAUAUGGUUUUAAAAAGUUUCUAAUUCUCGAAUAAUUUUGAACCCGACCUGCCGUUACGCUUACAUGCAGGGUUUUCAAACCAAAAUUUACAUAUAUUUCGUGGAUAGAAAAUCCUAGAUUCUUCUACAGUAUUAAGAGGUGACCAUAUGAGGUUUAGAAAAUUUGGCAGUGGAUUUGAACCUUAAAGAUACAUUAAUGAACGGCCAUUUUACGGCUUUAAAAUCUCAUAAAUAAUCUCCUCUAAAAUCACAUCAUGUUCUUCCUUCAAGUACAAAAUGCAUAUAAACUGCAUUUGGCAAAUACUGCGCUCUUUGCUCAUCAAUUACACAUGUGGGUCAUUGUUUCUGAAGAUGAAAUUUGCGAGUGAAUCCGAAACUCCAGGUUAGUGAAUUUCUUGUUUCACCAACCGAGUCCGAUUCUACGGUUUAUAUAUGCUAAUUUAACAUCCCCGUCAAAUAUCGAAUUCUUGUUUUUAUCCUUACGCAGUAAACACGUGGUUACAAAACCGUAUGCAUGGAUUACUAAAUUACAAGUAAUUCCGGCAUCACAAAUGAUGGGAGUCACUGCCGCACACAAACUGGGCACAAGACUGACUUUGAGUGAACAGCUUUCUGACUGUCGGUUUCAACGAUGUCUGACGUGUUCCCCACGUCAGGGUGAGAUCAGGGACGGUGACUUGAGCGCGAAUUAGUUAAUGGUGAUAGCACAUCUGCGCAUCAUCUACCGCACCCUCUGCUACCCCAACUGGGCACGGUGUCCUGACCAAGUUACGAAGGCAGGGGGUGGGAGAGGCCGCCGGUGGCUGGCACAACGAAGACCCGCACCUUGGCGUACCAACGCACCCCCUUGUCCGCAACAAACACUUGACCAUGAUUUUAAACAACACCAAAUGUAGAGGGACGGCAGGGAUCCCAAUGAGCACGACGUAAGCCUGCAAAUGGUUCUGCAACCGCACCCCAAACGCUGACACUUGUUACGGGUUUUGUAUUCUCGAUCACGCCUGCCUGAAUCCGAUUAUGCCAUAUGAAAAUCAGCUUAUAUUAAAGCGGGCUAGCACUACAUCUACGUUGCUUCCUCUUAUCAAGUCCGCACUGUUCCGCAGACAAUAUUUUACUGUAAGAAGGUAACUUGCCAGUUACAGUAGAUGUGCUAACUCAUGAAAUGUCAACCAAAAUUUCGAAAUGCGUUCUCUUUUCGAAAAGAUAAAUUACGUAGUGUUGUAAAACUCAUUAUGAUGCAACAUAGAUCUAUAAUGAUCCAGUUACCUCAGGGUGGCGGCUUUCGAAAGAACUUAUUUUCGGCUGCUUUCAAGAUCCAUGCUCUGCAAAAAAUGACCACUUAAGUAGCAUGCAAUUUGCUCAUUGAUUUUCGAUGCCCUUGAAAAUUCAAUUAUAUUUCAUAGAAAACAUGCAUAAAAAUAUCCAUUCUUUUACUUAUUCGGUAGAAGAUCGCGUCUUCUUUCAAUUUCAUACUCAAAAGAAGAGUAUAAUUCGGGUUUAAAAAGGUUUCUAAUUGUGAGAUUAUUUAAUACCGUUAAAUGGCCGUUCAUGAAACGUCAUGUAUCUGCAUUUACGAAUGUGGCUUGUAAAGUUAACAAUAUUGCUUAAAUGCACUGCUUAAUUUUAUGAACCUCAUAUAGUCUACUCUUAACACCGUAGAGAAAUGCACGGUUUUCCGUACACGGAAAAUAUACAGCUUGUAGUUUUGAAACCCUGAAUGCAAGUGCAACAGCAGGUCGGGUUCAAAAUUAUUCGGGAAAUAGAAAAGUUUUUAAAACCGAAUUAUACUCUUCUUUUGAAAGCCGACACCCUGAGGUAACUGGAUCAUUAUAGAUUCACGCUGCAUCACGAUUAGUUUUACAACACUACUUAAUUUAUCUUUUCGAAACGAGAACGCAUUUCGAAAUCUUGGUUGACAUUUCAUGAGUUAGCACAUCUACUGUAGCUGUUCAAUAGAAACGAAUCGAUAAGAGCGAAAAAGUUGCUAUGAACCCAUUGAACACCAAGCCAGUGCAAACUUCAUAUUGGACUUGUCACUUGUAGAGAUCUGACCCUUGACACUAUGAUGCAUUGUUCCCUUUGCAACAUCAGACCGGUCCAAAUUUAUUCUGGAUAAAGAUGUUUUCAAGCAUCUAUGUCAUGCUGACUUUUACAAUCUUACCUUGUAAGAGUUGGUUUUAGUUUAAUGUUCAUUAAAAUAAUGCAAUGAUACCGUCAAACGGUCAGGUACUUAAAAUUAUUCAAAGGACGAUUAAAGCUCAGUGGAUUCUAACCAACCUGCGUUCUUGCAUCCGGGCAACCGAUAUGAUGGUUUAGCCGUCAUAAAUGACGACGUACAUAGCUGUCCGACGAACGGAUAAAGAGGCGAUAACCUGCGUGUAAACUAGUCUGCGGUAAGGAAGACGUUCGCGACAUCUGCCUCAAUCUCACUUAUCUUGCACUGAGGCGAGACAAUAUCGAGAAACCGGAGGUAUGCUCGGCUCGGAGGCUGGAAAUGCCAAAUAGUUCUUAUAGGAGUGCCCCACACACACACAGCCGAUCCCCGUCAAACGUCUCAGGUCUCUAUAAACGCUGCUCAGACCCCACAUAUGUAAGAGUGCCAUUAGGACCGCAUAAGAAGCCAUUCCAGGCUCAUUUUUACUUCCGAGAAGGGCAGUGUUAGGCCGCCAGUUGGUGACUUUUAAGCUACGGAUCAACGCGUCGUCAAGGAUUAAAGCGUGCGAGGUCUAUUACAGUGAGGAAUAAGCUGAGAUUUUGUGAGAACAGAAUAUCCGCUGUCGGCCAUAUUUCCUUCCCUCCGAUGUGCCGGCUGACAUUUCGUGCCUGUUACUCAGCUGGUGGUGAAGUUGGACUGACAGAGUAAGGCAGCCCGUCUACGCGUGCCUCACAUUUGUGCGUCAGGUUGCACUGGAGGAAGUGUUUUCAAAUUAAAUGGGCUCUGAAAACUCUGACAUGCGAGUGCCAAUCGCCAUUAGCAGUGCGGGCAACCUGGAUUAUGUGAACUGGACUUAUAUUGGGCCCAAAGUGCGUAUGCACGUGUUUGCAUGCAGGUUAAGGUGCUGAGGUGUAGUACGAACUGUGUUGUUUUACUGAAUAUUUUUGCAGACAUUCACAAGACCAAGUGGUCCCCUGCGAUGAUCGAAAUUGCAGGGACAAUUUGUGAAUGUGAGAUGGGGAGCGGAGGGUAAGAUGUGGUUAUACAGACCCGCCUGACGGACACAAUGCUGCUGGGGUUGGGGUAAGGGGUGUUAGCUAGGAGUUAGGGUCAGGGGUUUUGAUUGGGAGUUAGCGAUAGGGGAAAGCGCAACUAUUUCUUAACCACUCAAAGUGCAACCGCGCAUUCCCAGUAGCUUUUCUUUCGCCUACAAUUACUUGACAUCGUCGCCUGUGCGCUCCUCGGACACACCUGUAAAACCCCGUAUCUCCACCGGUCUUGUUUUACAGGUGGCCGGGGAUUGUAUACUUCGGGUAGGGUUACACAACCACAUCUGACAGACAGAAGGCUGUAUUUAGUGGUCGGUGAACUGGUCUGCCAGUCGCAGUACGAUGAAUUCACAGGUGGGCCGCCAGGUCAAUGUAUGAUGUGAAUGUACAGCUGCAACCGGGACAGGUCAAAAUCGAGCCCACAUUGCUGUGGUCAGGAGAAUUAGAGCGGGUAGUGUGAUUAUGGCCACGCUGUGUUGGGAAUGGGUUGUAUGGUGAGUUCUUUUGACAGUGGAGUAUAGGAUAUGCCGCCAGUCCGACGCAUGCUCUGGAUGGCUGUUGGCGAUACGGACACGUUUGUUUGGCGCUGGGUGCUUACACCCCUGAUCCGCGGUAUUUGAGAUGUAUGUGCAACCCUUUUCACUUUGACUCCUUCCAUGCUAUAGGUUCCGUGGAAUUUGACCUCAGUUCUUACUGUAGUGCUAAGUAUCGAUUCUGGACAAGGCACAUCCCAGUAUAAGCAUCGCUUCGCAAAUGGUUAAGAGAGGUCUUUAAGGUGUUCUCGCAGGGAAGCUACUUGAGCCUCGUCUGCUAGCAUACAUGGUUACACCGCCACAGAAUAGUUGCCCCAACAGUUAUUCGUCCUUCAUGCUCACGAGAUUGGCGUUCCAUCGUAAUUGUAUAUGCCUUUAAUGCGGCUUCAGUAGCGCCAGCCCCUUUUGUUGUUGUUGGUAAAUAUUCUGGUCGUUUUCUGUGUGAACCAGGGGGUGCGGGGCGGAACGCCAAGAUGCGGGUUCGACUGUGCUAUCUAACUCCGUCCUCCCCCCCUCACGCCUCCGGUAUUCUUAACUAUGUCUUGACACCGGAUCCAGGUGGAGGAGGAGGAGAAGGAGGAGGAGGAGGAGGAGGAGAGAGUGCAGUGGAUGACGUGCAAGUCCACUAUCGCUAUGGACUAA